UGUCUCUCUCUCUCUCUCCUCUCACUUUUCCGAGCCACACUGCUUAAAAGGAGCAAAAGAUUCCUCUCACUUUUCCCACACAUUCUCUCCGAUACCAUUCCCCUCUCUAUGAUCAGAUUCAGAGGCUAUAUCUAGGCACGCGAUCGAGGCAAGUACGUGCAGAGGCAGCUUUCGCGCCGGCUUACUUUUGCCGUGCAACUGCACUUUGCUUGCCGAGAGGUGUCAUCAAUGGCGGACGGCCUGUGCGAGCUCAUGGUCGACGGCCACCGCGACCUCCGGCACCUGUCGGGCGCCGAAGACCUCUUCAGCAUCCUCGAGACGUGGGAGGAGUGCAUGAACGGCGGCGGCGGUGGAGGUGGCGGCGGUUCUUCUGAGGCGAUGCCAGCAUAUAGCCAGAGCUCCACCGGCGGUUCUGAUUCCGGGGCCGUGGCGGGGGCUAGGCCGGCGGCGAACAGCCGGCGGCGCUCGCGCGAUGAGGAGAGAGGCGUUGGCCGUGGCGCUCCGGUGCCGAAGAAGCAGAAGGUUUCGGCGGCGGCGGCCAUAACGGCGCAGGAUGCGGCCGCCGAUGAGGGGGCGGCGAAGAUGUCGCAUAUCGCGGUGGAGCGCAACCGGAGGAAGCAGAUGAACGAGCACCUCGCUGUGCUUCGUUCGCUGAUGCCAUGCUUCUACGUCAAGAGGGGAGACCAAGCGUCCAUCAUAGGAGGCGUGGUUGACUACAUCAAGGAGCUUCAGCAGGUGCUGCGUUCGCUGGAGGCCAAGAAGCACCGCAAGGCCUACGCGGAGCAGGUGCUCAGCCCGCGGACCACCGUGUCGGCGGCCAGCCCGCGGCCGCUCGUCAAGCCCACGCCGCCGCUGAGCCCGCGUGUGGCGGUGCCGAUAAGCCCACGGACGCCGACGCCCGGCAGCCCGUACAAGCCACCGCCCGCAGGCGGGGCUGCCGCCGGAAGCAGGGUCCCGCACCCGGCGGCCUACAUGAUGCCGUCGCCGGCGAUGACGCCCGCGACGUCGUCGUCGUCGUCGUCCUACUCGCACGACCAGCAGCACUACCCGGCGACGUCGCAGCCGUACCUGCCGACCCUGGACAGCCUCGUGACCGAGCUCGCCGCGCAGGCCGCCGGCGCCGGCAGACCCGCGGCGGCCGGGCUCGCCCUCCCCGACGUGAGGGUGGAGUUUGCGGGGCCCAACCUGGUGCUGAAGACGGUGUCGCACCGCGCGCCGGGGCAGGCGCUCAAGAUCAUCGCCGCUCUCGAGAGCCUCUCGCUCGAGAUCCUCCACGUCAGCGUCAGCACCGUCGACGACACCAUGGUGCACUCCUUCACCAUCAAGAUUGGGAUCGAGUGUGAGCUUAGCGCGGAGGAGCUUGUGCACGAAAUUCAGCAGACGCUCUUGUGAUGUGUGAUUGGCUACAGAGAGUGAUCGAUCGAGCAACUUGGAUAAUGCGUGGCUGUCCAUGCAGGCAGCUCAACAGUUAACACAGGAGCACAGCUAUCUCCGUGCUACUGUGGUGUGGCUGAGCAAGCUGUAGGCUCUAGUCAGUAGUUAUAGAUCAGGGCUUAUUUCGAUCUGUAGCUGUGUGUAGCGCGUACCUUAGAGAUGGUUAUUGUCUUGAUUUCUACCGCUGAAUAACGGAUCCCUUUAAUUUUGAUCUUGAUCGACCGGUGUAUGUACAUCGUUCUCUCCUAGUUUA